AUGUCUUUUCUAGGAUUCGGAGGACAACCACAAGUGUCAGGGCAACAAAAAAUAUCAACUGCCGAGGCAGAAUUGGAUCUCGUUACGGACAUGUUCAACAAACUCGUGGACAACUGUCAUAAGAAAUGUAUCCAAGCUUCUUACAGCGAGGGUGAUUUGAACAAGGGAGAAUCAUCUUGUAUUGACAGAUGUGUGGCCAAAUAUUUCGAAACUAAUGUCAAAGUUGGUGAAAACAUGCAGCAGAUUGGUAAUAGUUUUGCGCCUGGAAGAGCCUAG